GUCUCAGGGUUCUGGAGACAAGUGGCAAGUUUAGUGCAGUUUUCGACUGAGCUCUGGACAUAGAACUUCUGCCAUGAAGAUAGCAAGCAUCUUUCUUCUCAGUGCCUUGGCCCUGUUGAGUUCAUCUGGUAACACUAAUGCUAACUUCCUGGGAAGAGAGGCUAAAUGUAGCAAUGAAGUGAGUGGAUGUUCCAAGAUUUAUAACCCUGUCUGUGGGACUGAUGGAGUUACUUAUUCUAAUGAAUGCAUGUUAUGUAUUGAAAAUACGAAGCGCCAGGAUCCUGUCCUCAUUAAAAAAUCUGGGCCUUGCUGA